UCAAAGCAUGUCACCCCCCCUUUUGCUUUAAACAUAAUGGUCUUCGUGGUUAAUGAUUGAACAGGUUCAUUUCAGUACACACCGGUCAGACUAUUGUGAACUGAGUGGUGUAAAGCAAAUAAAGAUAAGGCUUUGACUCCACAUGGCACUCUCUUUCUAAAUGUAUCGGAUGAUGCAGUUGUGCAACAGCACUGAUCAACCCACCUCGGCUCAUCAUAUAAACUCGCGCGCCUCACAGCUGCUGCACAGACUGAGCACACCUUCCACCUGUUCACCACCACCUCUGCACGGGAACAGCCAACCACAUCCACCUGGAAGCAUGCAGUCUGCCGACGCCAGAUUCAAGAGAAACAGCCUGUUCCUGGCUCUGAGACGAUACACCUCAGCUGUCAGCGAAAUGGAGCAGACCAUUCUCCUGCCAAGCCUGCUGCGAGACAUGCCCUCAGACGAGGAGUGGGACUGCGAGGCUGCAGAAGAGACCUGCAAAGACCUGCACGGCGACUACUUGAUGCUCAAAGCCAUACGGAACAUAGUGGAGAGCGGCCUAAUUCCCCUGGACGAUUGCAAAGCCAAAAACAACAUAGCACUGAACGAGACCCUGACUCUGGAGCCUCUCUUGGACACAGACCCUGAAGCCCUCUUCCAGUUCCACGUGAGAGGGCUGUUUUCUGUGAUGAGUGACCUCACCAAGAAGACGGAGAGCCUCACUGAGAAAUACAUGGACAUUAUUGGGGUGGCAAAUUAAUCACUAAAACUCAGAGAUGUGGACAUUAAACGAAACCACUGUUGCUGAAAGUGUGGUCUAAGUAACCCAAACAUCUCACAUCUGUCUGAACUGUUUACAUCCAGUGACCCCCAUGCUUCUAACUUAAUAAGGAAUAAAUAUGCAUUGAUAAAACUAA